CUGCACAGCUCCCAGCGACAGCUCAACAUGUCCAGAGACACAGGGGAAGGGGAGCUGAAAUUGGACUUGAAGAGCUCUCUCUCUGAGUGUAUGAGCGCUCUGGACAUGUUCCUCAACAACAACUUCGAGGAGGCCCUCUGUCACCUUCAGGCAAAGUGUAAGGACAGCAUGUACCACGCUCUCACGUAUGCCACCAUGUUGGAGAUGCAGGCGAUGAUGACAUUUGACCCUCAGGACAUUUUAAAUGCAGGAAAUACCAUGAAAGAGGCUCAGGCUGUCUGCCAGCGAUAUAGGAAGAAAUCCACCGUCGCAGAUUCUUUCAACAAUUUAGUUCACGGACAAAGUCUUGAUCAGUUCACUGAAGAGGAAAUUCACGCUGAGGUUUGCUAUGCUGAGUGUCUACUCCAGAGGGCUGCCCUCACUUUCCUGCAGGACGAAAACAUGGUCAGUUUUAUCAAGGGUGGGAUCAAGGUCAGAAACAGCUAUCAGACAUACAAAGAACUUGACACCCUGCAGAAGUGUGCCAGCUAUGUGAAGGGAGAGAGUCACUGUCACUUUGAGGGUGGAGUGAAGUUGGGCGUUGGGGCGUUUAACCUGACAUUAUCGAUGCUGCCCACCAGGAUACUGCGGCUCUUGGAGUUUGUCGGCUUCUCUGGAAACAAGGAGUACGGGCUGACGCAGCUGCAGGAAGGGGCCACGGCUCUCAGUUUCCGAGCCCUGCUCUGCACUCUGCUUCUUCUGUGUUAUCACACGUUCCUGAGCUUUGUGUUGGGGACCGGUAAAGGAAACAUUGAAGAAGCUGAAAAGUUGCUUCAACCGUAUCUGAACCGUUACCCCAAGGGAGCCAUAUUUUUAUUUUUUGCGGGAAGAAUUGAAGAAAUUAAAGGCAAUAUUGACGCGGCCAUUAGUCGUUUUGAGGAGUGCUGCGAGGCUCAGCAGAGCUGGAAGCAGUUCCACCACAUGUGUUACUGGCAGCUGAUGUGGUGCUUCACAUACAAGCAGCAGUGGAAGAUGGCUUACUUCUACGCCGACCUCCUCAGCAAGGAGAACUCGUGGUCAAAGGCUACAUAUACUUACAUGAAAGCUGCCUAUCUCAGUAUGUUUGAGGGACAGGACUGUAAACCCUUUGGAGAUGACGAAGUGAAGCUCUUUAGGCAGGUUCCAAGUUUGAAACUCAAGAUCGCUGGGAAAUCGCUCCCCACUGAGAAAUUUGCAAUCAGAAAGUCUCGAAGAUACCUGCCCCAGAAUCAUGUCCCUCUACCGGUCCCUCCCCUGGAGAUGAUGUAUAUCUGGAAUGGAUAUGCUGUGAUUGGAAAGCAGAGGGAUCUGACUGAGGCCAUGCUGGAGACUCUGGUCCGGGCAGAAGAAGCUCUGGAAGGAGCCGCAGCCAGUGAUUUCAGGAUGGACGAUCACUGUGUGGUGAAGCUGCUUAAAGGCCUUUGCUUGAAGUAUCUCGGUCGAGAAGACGAAGCAAAAGAAUGUUUCAAAUACAUACACACAAAUGAAAAGAAGAUUAAAUAUGAUCAUUAUUUGGCCCCAAACGCCCUCCUGGAGCUUGCUCUGCUUUACCUACAACAGGACAAGAGGGAAGAGGCGACCAAGCUGCUGGAAACCGCAAAACACAACUACAAGAAUUACUCCAUGGAAUCCCGCACACAUUUCAGGAUACAGGACGCUCUUCUACAAGCAAAAUCUGUUCCACUCAAUGGAUGCAGUUGACUUUCCUCUAGGAAUUCCAUUUUUUCUUAAUUUAUUUAAAUAAAGGGGCCAGGAGGCAAUUAUGGA